AUGAUAAGCAUCUUGACUUCAACUAAAUUCUAGUUUUCAAGAGCAAGCAAACAGGCUAUCUAAAAAACAAAAACAGAUGUUCAAGAGCUUGAAUUGUAAAAGUUCGCGACUCCUUCUGACAGAGAACUUUACUUACUCAUGAAGUCAUUUGAUAUGACUACUUAAGAUCCAUUUACUAUUGUUGAGAGUGUAUUAAAGUUUACAGUAUAACAGGAUUAUGCAGUAAGUGAAGAUUUUGUGUAGAAAAAUCUCGAGUUCUUUGCAAAUUUACAAGAGAAGAUAUAAGAAAGAUUAGUAGAGUUAAACUUAGAAUUAGAUUAAGCAAUUUAAGAUCACUUAUCUGUUGAUGAUUUGAAAGCUUAGAGAUUAGAUUAAUAACUUGGAUAAGUAAUUUAGUUCUCCUAUGCUAUGAAUUAUGAUGAUGAGGGACUAUGGGCCAAGAUUUAUAAUGCAGUUUAAAAACUUUAAAAAUUGGAUGCUUUAACCUUUGAUGGUGUUGUUUCGAUCAAUUUUGUUUUGGCUUAAUUAAAAAAGGAUUAAAACUAUGAAUUACUUGCUGAGAACUAAUUGAUAGAACUUCAAAACGGAUUCAAGAAUUAUCUUCUUAAUUUGAUAGCUGACUUUGAUUCAAAGACCACAGAUGAUUUAAUGAAAAUAUUUAGAGUAGGAAUAAAAGUUCUUAAUAUUUAAGAGAAUGAAGAAUUCUUUUCUUGUUUAGAUAGAGUGAUUGGGGAUAGAGUAGAUGAACUAAGUCUUGAUGAGUUUACUGGAAUAACAGGAAUAAUUUAAAAUCAUAACUUGACUGUAGAUGAUGUAGAUCCGAUAUCACUUGAUUUAUUCCUUAUGAAAGGUGAGGAUUUCAUCACAAAGAAUCUCAAUUUUUUGCAAAAAGAUUAAAUUCUAAGUGUCAUUGGGGCUUAUUGCUCUACUGAGUUAAUAAAGCAAAUGCCAGAUCUAGAGAGAGCUUUAGAAAAAGAGAUACUAACUAGAACUUAAACUCUGACUUCAUUCGAUAUAGCUUACUUGGUUAAGGUAAUUUCAGAUGCCAAGGCUGGCUCUGCUGAAUUCUACGCUGCCAUGGAUAAGUAUAUUGGCAAUCACAUGAAUAGUAUAGAAGCUGAAAACCUUUUCCCUAUUCUGAGAGCAUUUUAUGAUUCAGGCAAAGCAAGGAAUAAAAUUUUCAUUAAACUGUAACCACAUGUUUUGAGAUCCUUAGAUCAACUAGACUUAAAUUAGAUAAUGAGCAUUGCUAGAUUGUACUUCGAAAUGGCUAUUGAAUAAACUACAUUCUACGAGAAUAUUGCAGCUUAUGCUGAACAGCAUUUAGAUAAACUAUAAGAAAGUGGACUUGUAAAUGGAUUAAUCUCAUUUAAAAAAGUCUAAACUUAGAGAUAACUGCCAAUAGUAGUAGAUCUAGAAAAAAUCCUUAUGAGUAAUAUGGACUCACUAGGACCUUCAUCAAUCUUUCAACUUCUGAAUCUCUACAGUGGACUAGACAAACUUAAGGGUCAUUCAAAGCUUCUCUAAGCACUAGCUACCCAGUCCAUUAAACUUUUGAAUGAAAUUAAGCGUUCAGGCUAAUUGAUAGGCAGUGCUGAUGUGCUAAUGCUGCUAUAAAGUUAUGAGAAAAUGCAGGCAAAGCUUGAAACAAUAUCGCUAGUUGCAAAUGAUAUUCCAGCCUAGGUGCAUUUAUAUAAUGACAAUGAUCUAUAAUUUCUUUAUACAUACUUAUCUGGCUAUUAAAAGGAAAAUAAUGGCUUUGAUAAAGCAUUUUUCGCAGUCAGAGAUGAAGUCAAUUCAAGAAAAGAAAAUUUUGAAGUUGAAGGCUAUUGA